AUGUGUGAAGACUUAGUUUGGCCACCGCUGUCGCUGCUGUUGCUGCUGCUGCUGCGACUGUCGCCCGCCUCGACUGCGGCGCCGGGCAGAGAAAGCGUUAACCAGCAGCAGCUUCUCCAACCUUAUCCAGCUGGUGUGGAUUUGUUUGAGCAUGAGUUCACCAGCGUGUCGGCAGAUGACUUUGAUCCGUUUGGUCCAGAUAUUGGAAACGAUGAUCUGGGCAUUGAUGAUCCCGAGACAAUGCCGCGUUUGUUUCAAGGCGAUAUUGCCAUAGAUCCGUAUACGUACAUCACGCUGCGUCUGGGCGUGAAUCCCAUGCGGCAUCCCAAGCGCUUGUGGCCCAAUGGCACGAUACCUUUUGAGAUAAGUCCGCGGUAUGACAACAGAGAGCGCAAUUUGAUAGUGAGGGCUCUGAAGACAUUUAAUUCGCUCACCUGCAUCCGGUUUACGCCAUACGAUGGCGAGGUGGAGGAUUAUCUGCUUAUUGAGCCACCCGAGGAUGGGCCGCAGGGCUGCUGGUCGUAUGUCGGCAAGCGGGGCGGGGAGCAGGUGGUCGCCCUGCAGCAGCCCGAUGAGACAAGCGCCCACUGCUUCAGCAGCGAAGGUCGUAUCAUGCAUGAGCUCAUGCACGCCAUUGGCAUCUAUCAUGAACAGUCCCGCGCUGAUCGGGACAACUUCGUCAAGAUUCACUGGGACAACAUUGUGCCGCGGUUCAAGAAGAAUUUCAAACUUGUGUCGCGCAAGCGGGGCAAAUAUGCUUUCGACUACGACUACAACUCGGUGAUGCACUACGGAGAGUACUAUUUCAGCAAAAAGAAAGGAGAGAAGCCUACGAUGACGCCGCUGCAGCCGGGCGUGAGAAUUGGACAGCGGAAGACGAUCAGUAAAAUUGACUGUUUGAAGAUAAACGAUUUGUACGGCUGCUUGAAAGGUCGGCGUGCCAAAAUGUAUAAAAGCUUUUGUCAUUUGUUAGGUUUGUAA